AUGCUAUUGCAUAACAGAAACACUAGAGGGCAGCGUCAAACCAUAACUGUGUGCAGUCAGCCUACAGAAGAAGAAGACGGAAGCGGUAGUUUAAGUGAAGACAGUGCAAUGUUUGGACUUUUCAGGAAAAACAAACCUUUGAAAAUAAGGAGUAGAAAUGAUCACAGAAAAUACGGAGUGGCAGCGAAAGACUUGAAGGAGCUGCUUAAAAAAGGUUGCAGGUUAUUACAGGUGAGCCCUGUGUUGUGUGCUAGUUCUGAGGAUGAAAUUGUUUUUAUAUUCGGCAUUCGCAUUUUUUCGGGUUUGUAACUGUAAUAGCGUGAUGAAAGUCGCGCCAUUUUCUUCCAGGUGAGUAUUGUUUUGGACGGACAAGAAAUGCUGACAUUUCACAGGCCUGACUAACCGACCAACAUCAGCGGGUCUGGCGAAAGCUCAAAACUUCAUCGAAUAUCCAUCCGUCGUAUCCAUCGUACGGCAGCCGGGAUGCUUUGGGACCGUCAUAGAAGUGCAAUCGCUGUAAAAUAAUUUUGGAAUAGCUUACUUAAUAAAACCUAUCAACACCGAACUACUUCUUACCUGUUGAUAAUCUUACUGUUGAACCUUCACAACCAUCUUUUUUUUUAAUAAAAAAAGAACUUUUCAUUUUCCUUAGACUAAUUUAAAAAGUCAUUGAGCAUAAUUUUAUCAUAUUCAUCACUUCGUUUUUUUAAAUGGCUCGCUGGAAUGUAAACUUUUCAACUCCAAACUCUUUCGCGUUUGUUUAUAAUCGUAUGAUCGGAAUGAUUAUGAUAAUUUCACAGCCAUCAUUUAAUUAAAAAAAGCUUUUAAAAAACUUUUUAAUGGGACUGUUGACUGUUGAUUUAAAGAAACAAGUGCCUAUUUAAAAAAUAAGAAUUUCUGUCAAGUGGAGGUUGGCUAGCUCCAUUUACGAAUAUUUUGCACCUUUUUUUGCUGUUUUUUUUUUACUUGUGGUUUUACAGCGAUAACCAUGAGAACUAGUUUGGUGGUGAAGGCUUUUAUUUCUAGCAAGCUAUUAACAAAUAAAGUGAUAAAUAGGAUCAAACUGACUUUUUCAUCGGUCUAAAACAUGUAAAAGUUAAAAAAAAAAGGGUGGCUGUGAAAGUAUCAUAAUAAGAUUAUAAACAGAUGAGAAGUAGUUUAGUGUUGAUAGGUUUUAAUUCCCGUGAGCUGUGUAUUACACCCCCACAAGAGGUAGCCAAAUAGUAUGCAACCACAUUUGGCAAAGUCCUGUGAAUCUACCUGUGUGAGUCCAUGGGGCAAGGGCUCCGCCACAAUCUAACGCAUUUCUGCACUUAAUGGUGGUGGUGAUGAUGAUGAUGAUGAUGGAUGGUGAACGCAUUUCUGCACUUGAUGGUGAUGAUGAUGAUGGAUGGUGACAGUGUUAUUGUGACUUCUUUUGGAUAGUAAGUCAUUUUGGUUGAUGGAUCGAUGGUGGUUAUACAUUACAGAAAAAAAUCUUUAAAAUGCAUUGUCUGCAUGACUGCACUAUGCCUAAAUGUGCUUAAAAAGUUUUGGGCACUUACUGAUGUUGUUUCCUUCUGUCUAGAUCCCACUUGUGUUGUAUUUGCUCUCAAAUGUAACUCUGCUAAAUAACAUUGUGAUUAUUCAUAUUUUGCAUGUUUCGUUUUGUUUUUCGUUUGCAGUUACCACUUUCCGGUGCACAUGUUUGUGUGUAUGUUGAUGGGACAAAAGUGACAGACGAUUUCUUCCCAACUCUGCCAGACAACACUGAGCUUGUUCUACUCUCUAGAGAUCAGACAUGGAGUGGAGGUAAGGAAAUGAUUCCCAGACAAGUAUAAAAUGCUUCUCAAAGUUUUGACAAAAACUCUUAUCACGUCACUGAAUAUAAUUCCAGUUGCGUGCGACAUCAGUCAUUUACUCAACACGGACCAGCAUGCAGAUGGCCUCAUUAGAGCUGCGAAAGAGCUCCUCUCAGAUGAGGAGUCUCCAAAAAGACGCAAAAUCCUGAGUGACCUGCUGCAGAACCUGGAGGACAGAUCUGAGCUGGAGGACAGAGAGGAGGAUGAAGAUUGGUUCAAAGGUACAAAGUCAAAUAAAGAUCCUGAAUGUUUUUAUUUGAGCUGCUUGGUUUAUGGAUUGGCAGCAAAGCCAUUCAGUUUAUUUUGUGAGUCUGUGUCCUCAUUAAAACUCCCCCAUUAAAAGGAGAGCCAUCCUGGAUUAAAACAACAUUUAUCUGACUCAAAAGUGGGGUAAGCAGGAUCUGAGGAAGUGCCAGUUUUGGGGAGAAAUCUUAAAUGUAAACACUACCCCUCCCAACCAGUUUUCCCCUCAGCUCCUCCUCACCCCUCCCUCUCUGCUUCAGCAAGCCCCACCUACAAACAGACGCUCCUGCUCGCUCGUAUCGUUUCAAUUAAAUUCAGAUAUAAUGCAGAUAAAUACUUCAGAUAAUUACAAAUUGGGCUCAGUCAAUGUGCAGUAAAAAGCAUUGGUGCUGCUGUAGAUGCCAACAAACUACCAGCAAACACAAUGUUUGCAGGACUUCUAAAACUAGCAUAAAGUGGCAUACUCCAGGACCUGAGGUCAACAGUUUAGCGGCACUACAACACACACCAAUCCCCUCUAGACAAGUAGCACUUCUGUUACAGACACUUGGCUUACUUUGUUAAAGCGGUUUACCUUGUCCAGCAGAAAGGUUACAGGGUCUGGAAGAUCCCGAAGCGUCCCCAUUGUUUAUGCUGAUGUUGACCCGGCUGGUCUACCUCCAUUUUAAGCACCCGUUAUUCUGCCAGAGUCUCCAGUAUUUACUUUGCUUUAUUACUUGUGUUUUCUGUACUUUCUGGUUGGUUUUUAUUGUCCAAUGUUGUAGCACGCUAACUUUGUUUGGGCUCGUGAACGUUAUUGGAGAACGUGGAGCGUGCCUCACAAGGGAGCAGCAUCUGCCUCACUACCAAUCAGGUUGGGGGAGGCAGAGAAUAGCUUUGUUUACAGUCAGAAAGAGCGGGCCGCUCAAAAAAAUUUAAAAUGGUGACUUCACAGGCAUAACAAAACAGUUAUAUUUUUAUAUUAUCAAAUGUCAUCAAUAACUAAUAUCUAUUGGCUGAUAUUAAAAUCUUUUUUAUAUAUACACCACAAAAAAAGAUGCUUCUUUAACAGAAUCCUGCCUACCCCACCUUUAAUUUUUGCAAAACAUUAUCUAUUAAUUCAACGUUAGGUUUCUAAACGUAAAGAGCUCCAGGAGAAACUUUAGUAGCAAGUUUUUCUGCAACUUGAUGCCAUCUGCCUGAGUUAUUGCCAAGUUUUUCUGUGCAAAUUGUCUCUGUAACUUGAAUAUACUAGAAAAAACACGCUUUCUUUACCUUACUGGACGAGGGUUGAAAUUUUACAUACUUUUCUGUUAAGGAUCAUACUUUUUCAUGUUUGCCACUCAUGGGACAAAGUUGCACUCAGUAGAUAGACUUUAUUUUCUUUUGUUCAAUGUUCAGCUUCUUAUUCUUCUGGUAACAUUAUAGAAUUUGGCAACAUCGUAAAGAAACAGCGGACAGUAUUUCACUAGCUAAACCACAUUGGUUAUGACAUAGACAACUACAGCUGGAUACCUCAAGAUUUUUUUUUUUUUUUUAAACUACAUUGAAUCCAGGUAGUUCAUUGUCUGUACACUUUGAGAUUUGAAAGGCAAGACUAAAAACUUUUCCAUUUUGGUAAUAUUUUUUUGCAUGAUCCUGCACAAAAACUUGUGAACAACCAAGUCUGUCAAUGACAUUUUUAAGACCUACUUUAUUAAAGUAGUGUUUGGGUUUAAGUGUUUGAAAAUACUGCAUGAACGAGAUAAAACCUGUGGAGAAAUAUGUGAUAUUAUUGGUGACCUUUACUAUAAAAAAUGUGUAAAUAAGCCAAGUUUUAGCUGCAAAGUAGUUAACAUUUUAUCUAACACCAAAACAAACUUUAAAUACAUUGAACACUUGAUGAGACUCGUAAUUCCUGUCCCUUUGAGCUUAUUCAAGUUUGAUUUCAGGCGUUGAUGCUCGAUUCAAGACGAAGUCUGCCUACAUGAAGUUCAACUGUGAAAGCAGGAUCCGAGGCUACAUGAAAGAAGUAAAGCUAUUGUCUACCAAGAAAACUUUUGUCAUUGUUUGGUAGAUAUUUAUUUGAUCUAAUUUCUAAAACUUAUUCUCACAGAUGGAUGAUGCUAUGAAAACCAUUAACAAGGCUAAAGUCAAGGCUGAAUUUCAGAAAGCAUCCAACUGUCUGGUGGAAAUGUUGAAGGCUGCAAAUUACAAUGGCUGCUACUUUAACAGGACAGAAAAAGAGCCACAUCGCCUUUGCACACGGGAGGGAUGGUUUACCUGCCAGGUAUUUAAGGCCUAGAUUCAUCUGCACGAGCUCAAGGAACAGGAAAAACACAUCACUGUCUUCUUCUCUGUUACCUCUUCAGGGAUCAUUUGACCAGGAGGUGUGCCCAUCUCUCCACUCCAUCAACCCUUACAGCAGCCGGGAGGGCAGGAUCAUCUUUAGCACAUGGAAUCUGGACCACAGGUUUGACACUAAUGCUGAAAUCUUUCUUGGUCAUAUUACAUGCACACACACUGAAAACCAGUCACUUUUGCAUUUACUAAAACUGAGAUGUACAAUUCAAGAGAAAGACACAUAAUAAGUCUACCUCUAUAGCUUGUUGUAGGAUUUACUUGUUGAACCUGCAGAAGCCUGUUCCACAAAUUCACAGACCAACACCCUCCAGGAAAAAAAACUCAGUCAUGACCCUUAAACACUACCAUUUCUGUGCCUUUUUUUUCCAGUGUUGACAUAUGCUGUCUUAAAUUGUGUAGAUCUCAUAUCCUGUAGUUUCAUCUUACAACUCCCCUACUUUUUCCCCCUCUGUUUUGGCUCUUUUCUUGGUUUUCCCACUGCAGACAGCCCAAUGUAAGAUGUCCUAGAUUUCUUUUUUUGUACAUUGCUGUACUUUCUUCAGUUUGUCAUCCAAUGUGGGAUCAGAGUCACAUCUCCAGCAACAGUCUGCUGUAGAGAAACGGCAGACUGUUGCCAUGAACUGUUGUUUUAUAAUGACCAGUCAUACCAAUACUAGGCUAAAGAAUCAAAUCUUGUAGCACUUGAGUCUAUUGUAGAUGGUGGUCUGAGUUUGAACAAAUUAGAGGGACUGCAGUCCUCAAUGGAUGGCCAAUCUGCUGGCUUCAAGUUAAUGACUAUGAUUUUCAUAAACUGGAACAGAACACCUCCUGUUUUGGGAACAAGCUAACUUUUUUUUUGUCUUGUGUCAAGAAUUGAAAAGAAGAGGUCGAUCAUUCCUGCUUUGCUUGAGGCUCUCCAGAAUCACAAGAGCACAGAUGUCAACCUGAACUACUUCUACUGCCUGCUGUUCACCAGGGAAAACCUAAAACUGGUUCACAUCGUGUGCCACAAGAAAGGAGCUCACAACCUGCUGUGUGACACCAAGAGGAUUUUUAAACAAGCUAGUUGUACAGACAAGGGAAAACAGAAAGCCAGAGGGAAGAGGAGGCGCCUAAUGUGAACCUUGCCUUGAAAAAAAACCUGACAAGAAAAAAAACCUGACAAAAUCUGUGAAUCAUCUCAUGGCCCCUGUUACAAGUUCAGGCCAACGAGGAUCUCUUAUUUAUACCUCACUAGAUUCUAAUAGCCUAUUAUAUUAUGAGCAGUGUAGCUUUCAUACAGCCAAGCAGUGUUUUGGUUGAGGCAGGUCACACCCAGGAAGCAAAGACUGAAAUCAUGAAAAACAUUUAUUUGUUCUUGUUUUGGCACAAUAAUGUAAACUGCAUGAGCUGAUUAUACAAUGACUGCUUGAUAUGAGGCACAACAUUGCAUAGGCGAAUAUGAGAAGCAUUUUGCAUAAAUAUGGCAGUAAAAAUAUACAAAACAUUUGAUUGGAUGAUAUAAACAAUCAGUUAUAUACAAAAUAGGGCAUGUUAACAGCACUAGUGCAAUCACUGCUGACCUCAGAGUCUGACCAUGAGUCAUUCUUUGUUCUCUUCUUCACUUAAUGUGUGAAGUACAAACCUGCCAUGUUUUUUUUUCACAAUAUAUUUUUUCAUUGUAUGUUUUAAAGGAUGAAAUAAACCGAUCAUUAGCUGCAUUGGUCUACAUGUAAAUAUACAGAUGUGCUGAAUUCUAACCAGAUGCCAUUGAAAUGAGGACAGAAGGAUGUUUGCGGGAAACUGGACUCUUAAUAAACAUGUUGUCAUCCUGACUGCAGAAGGACUGCUAUUUAAAGAACUAUGCUUUGACAUGCUUUCUUUCCACACCGUGUUUAUUUUCUGAAACCAGGACUUUAAAUCUUUCAUUAUGUUAGUUUAAUCUACUUUUCACUUUAGUGUCUCUCAUGUAAACUGUUCUUUGUUUAUAUAUUAAAAAAUAAUGUUUUGAAGUAUGCUUACACUGAAUUUUGAAUGUGUGUUUAGGAUUGAUUUGUCCGAAUAAAGUGCUGAGCAAACACACCCUCCAGGUAAGUCCAAUGCCAAAGUACCAGGAUGGUGUGAGCAGAAUUUAAGCUAUAAAUAUUAAAUCAAGCAUAACUAUAAACUGUGUUCCUCACUAGUGGCUAUGUUAGUCCCAUUAUGAUGGCCAUGUUAAAAAAUAUAAAGAAUAACUCCAAAUAUGAUGCCAUAUAGAACUGGUUGGAUACAAUACAGCAUUUUUGGUAUUUGAGCGGUGGAUCAAGGAUUCACUUUCAAACUGCUAACAGUCAUACUGAAAAAUGCUUGAGGUGAACUUAAGGACUUUGAGUUUUGUGGUGCAAAAAAGAUCACCUCAGUGCAUGAUGAGCUACUGGGAGCAAAUAUAUGGUAAAUAUGCACCAAUAAUUUUGGCUUUACAGUGAUCUAUGUUUGGCCCACAGCUGGUUUUGUUACAGCCAACUCCCACUGCGAAGUUCGCGCCUUCAUCACCUGUGACCAAUCACCAUCACCAAGUAAAAGUGCUCAGAUUUCAGGGCUGAUUGUUUUCUCCUUUUUGGAAGAUAGUUUAAUUUGGCUGGCUUUUUCCUAACUUCUUAGGGGUUUAAUGUCCUUCAACAGACGAGACUUUGAGUCCACAACAGUCAUUAGAGCAGCCUCGUGUCACUGAGUGGUCCCUAUGUCCUCUUGUUGCUCACUGCUGAAGUUCACCUCUUCUUCAUCACUGUCCUCAAGAGCGUAGUACUGUCUUCUCCUGUUCUUCCUACGAGCACGGGCAGAAGAUUCUGGCAAUCUCUGGGGAAAGUCCUGUGAAAUAAAUGAAAACAAUGGUCUUACAAA